AUAACCGUCGCACCACAAUCACCCUCUCCAUCGCCUGCAGCACCAUCAGUCACUCAUCACUGCCGGACCACCACCAUCACCGUCUCCUCUAUACCAGGCAACACCACCUCCUUCAAAAAAAUUCUUCGCAACAUGGUAGGAGACACAUUCUCAAAAAAAUUUGAAAAAAUUGGUUUUUAAAAUUUGGAAUUGUUUACAAAAUUCGGAUUCUAAUGCUUGAAAAUUUUAGACAUAUUCGGAUGUUUACAUUUUUAUGGAUUCAGAAACAAAUUCAAACCUUAAAAUUCGAAAAUAUAAGUCACUUUCGAGUUUUAAAAUUCGACUAAGCUUACGGAUUUCAAGGUUAUGAAUCCAAAACGAUGGGAAAAUUUAAUCGGAAGUUAACUUUUGAAUAAUUAAGUAUUACUGGGGAGUUUAUUUCCGAAAUCAUGUAUUUGUUUUGGGAUUGAAUAUCUAACCGCAUCGAUAAAAAGAUUUAAAACGGCUAGAAAUAUUUAACCGCAUCGAUAAAAAAAUCUAAAACGGCUAGAAAAGCAUCCAACAAGUCAGCCACAUGACGCGUCCAAUGAUUUACUAGUUUAAUUUCUAGAGGGAACACGGGAUGACACGGGUGGGAACAAUGUGGGGGUGUAUCUCCAUUUGUUUAAUUUUUGGAGGUAAAAAAAAGAAUGUUAUUAUUUCUCAAAAAAUUGGAGUUGGGAAAAUGUAUCGACGGACUAAAACCCAAUCGGCAUCCUAAAAUACAUCGACCGGCGACCGCUCCUCUCUCCUCUCUCACAGACGACAGCUCCUCACUCUGUAUGUAUGUAUGUUUGAUGGGGUUGCACCAGAUACUCAAAAUGGUAUAAGAAGUGGUCAUUUGCCAAAUUGCCAAUUGAGCCAUUGGUCAUUGCCUUUCCUCAGGGGCUGAAAAGCUUUGAACAAACAAGAGUUCCAUCCUAUCCAGGUUGCUGCUAUCUGUCUUGCAAUGGCUUCUUCAUCUUUGUUUUGUACAUGUCCAUUACAAGGGCCCGUGUCUGCUCCUAAAACAAUGAAGUGUUACACAGACUUCCUUUCCAAUUAUUCGAGUCUUUUUAAGCAAUCACCUGACAGCAGAUCACACUCAAGGGUGUUGUUCAGUGUGAAAUCAAUAAACCGGGAGCAAAGUGGGAGGCUCUUACCAAGGAAUAGGGUCCAAUGUCAAGCGCUGGAUGUUGACAAUAAACCUUCAAUUUUGAUUGGGAACAAGUUUCAACUUGAUGACGUGAUUGAAGCUCAGCAAUUCGACAGAGAUAUUCUUACUGCUAUAUUUGAAGUGACGCGUGAGAUGGAGAGGGUUGAGAAAAACUCACAUGGCAGCCAAAUUCUUAAGGGAUUUCUAAUGGCUACCCUAUUUUACGAGCCCUCAACUAGAACUAGGCUUUCUUUUGAGUCUGCUAUGAAACGUUUGGGUGGGGAAGUUUUGACGACAGAAAAUGCAAGGGAGUUUUCUUCAGCUGCAAAAGGAGAGACACUUGAAGAUACUAUUAGAACUGUUGAAGGGUACUCGGAUAUAAUUGUGAUGAGGCACUUUGAAAGUGGUGCCGCCCGAAGAGCAGCAGUUACAGCCAGUAUUCCUGUUAUUAAUGCUGGAGAUGGUCCUGGACAACAUCCAACUCAAGCUCUUCUAGACGUAUACACAAUCGAGAGAGAGAUAGGAAAGCUAGAUGGAAUUAAAGUUGGUCUUGUUGGAGAUCUAGCAAACGGAAGGACUGUCCGCUCACUUGCUUAUCUGCUUUCCAAGUAUCAGGAUGUCAAGAUCUACUUUGUCUCGCCUGAGGUGGUUAAAAUGAAGGAUGACAUAAAAAGCUUUCUGACAUUAAAGGGACUAAAGUGGGAAGAAAGUGGUGAUCUAAUGGAAGUUGCUUCUAAAUGUGAUGUGGUGUACCAAACUCGUAUUCAGCGAGAAAGGUUUGGAGAGCGAACUGAUCUUUACGAAGAAGCUCGAGGAAAGUACAUUGUAGAUGGGGCUGUCCUGAGUGUGAUGCAAAAGCAUGCUGUGGUUAUGCAUCCCCUCCCGAGGCUUGACGAGAUAACUGUGGAUGUUGAUGCGGAUCCGAGGGCUGCCUACUUUAGACAAGCAAAGAACGGUCUCUACAUUCGGAUGGCUCUCUUGAAGCUUCUACUUGUUGGUUGGUGAAUGAUAUCCUUUUUGUGAUUGGAUAUGAGGCAUAAUAAUCUCUCGCUCAAAUACAGUUUUGGAUGUACGAGAUUUUUUGGCAGCAAAUUGCGGGAAUGGUUCGUUUUUCUAAGUUGUUCAGGCAUCAACAUUAUUUGUGGUUCUUUUCUUCUUCUUUUUGGACCGGUUCCUCCAUUUGAUUUGAGUUUUGAGCCUAUUUUAAGGCUUACAUACCUUGGACCUAAUACAUUUUCCCUGUUGUCGUCUGAACAAAUUGUAGUUGACGUUAUAUUAAGGUGGAGUGAUUUCAAUUCCGCGAUCC